CAAACAACUGCCGAAGAAAUGGUGCUGAAAGCUGUCUGCGUUUUGAAAGGAGCUGGUGAAACCGCCGGGACGGUGUAUUUUGAGCAGGAGCUCGAAUCCAGUCCGGUGAAAGUGACAGGAGAAAUCAAAGGCUUGACGCCAGGCGAGCACGGCUUCCAUGUCCACGCCUUCGGAGACAACACAAACGGGUGUGUAAGUGCAGGACCUCACUUCAACCCGCACAACAAGACUCACGCCGGGCCGACUGAUGCGGACAGGCAUGUCGGCGACCUUGGCAACGUGACCGCGGGCCCCGACAACAUAGCCAAAAUUGACAUCACGGACAGCGUGAUCUCUCUUGCGGGGCAGUACUCUAUCAUUGGCAGAACCAUGGUGAUCCACGAGAAGGCUGACGACCUAGGGAAAGGCGGCAACGAGGAGAGCUUAAAGACUGGCAACGCCGGUGGACGACUGGCCUGCGGUGUUAUCGGCAUCACUCAGUGA